AUGACUACCGGCGAGAUAAUGGCCCAGUACCGAUUUCUGGUACUGAGUAUUGGCGCGUCACUAGAUGCCAGUACUGAUGUGAUACUAGAGAAAUACUGGGAUAAUAAAAUUGAACCAAGACUCGAAUUACAGUACUACUUUGGUACAGAAUUCCAGUAUUGCUGCAGUACCGAUUUCCAUUAUUGUUACGGUAUUAAAUCAGUACCGAUUCUCAACAUAACACUGCCUUCGAAACAAUCGAUUUUGGUAACAUUGUGCAUUCAGAAAGGGCGUAUACCCAAAUUGAGAAAUCAUCAUUCUUGUCAAAACGGAACUCUGUCGAUGAACUUGUCUUCGUUAGACAAACACAAUGCAAAAUUAUUAAUAGCGUAUCCUCAACCGGAUACAUGGUAUAUUAUUACUUAUGCGACUUGUUAUUAUGAUGGUAAACCUGUUCACUGCCAUCUCAAGGAAAUUUCAAUACUACUGAAAAUAAGUACCGGAAAGUGUAUGCUUUUUAACCAUAAUCUUUGCGGUAAUCAUGGUGUGUGCCAAGAAAUUCAGAAGAACAUUCUUCAUUAUGCAACGUGCAACUGUUUUGAAGGUUACACAGGAUGGGAUUGCACUGAUGUUACUAGUCCUGCCAUUUUCUCUUUCAUGAGCACCAUAUUCCUCAUUUUUAGCAAUGCUUUUUUCAUACCAGCUAUAUGUAUGACCAUAAAACGAAAAUUGUAUGCAGAAGGAUUGGUGUAUUUAACUACCAUGUUGAUUUCAUCCCUUUAUCAUGCUUGUGAUCAAAAUGGACAAUUCUGCAUUGUAAAGUAUGAAAUCUUGCAGUACAGUGACUUUUUCUCCAGUAUUUUGGCAUUUUGGAUGACGUUAGUAGCAAUGGCGGAGUUAUCGACUGAUUUUAUACCAUUAUGCCACAUAAUGGGAGUGUUUGUAAUCACUAUUAGUGUGCAAAUUGAUAGAACAGGUUUGAUCAGUAUAUUGAUACCGCUAUUGAUGGGUGUUGUUAUACCGAUUAUCACGCAUGUCUGUCGUAUUUUUCGAUUAAAAAAAUGUAAGAAACCAAGUCAAAAAACAUUAUUAGGCUUGCUCUUUGCUAUUGCAGGAAUAUUAUUGUAUUCCUUUAUUGAAACAAAAGAAAACUAUUACUACGUUCACAGCAUAUGGCAUAUUGUCAUGGCAAUAUCAUUAAUAUUUUUGCUGCCAUUAACAAGAUCGAAACAAACAUCACUGAGAAGUACUUCAUGCAAUGUUGAUAGUGCAUCAUUUGCAUAGACUUGGAAAGAAUCACAUGAAAUUACUAUGUUUACGAUAAUUGAUCAGGAAAACUUCUACUCCUAGUUAAAUAUUGUAUUAUAAAUAAAUACGUAUAUAACGUCUCCGACGUACUUAUAU